GUCAGUUGUCUUCGGUAUCGCGCUCAGAACAGACGUGUGUGCAUGUGGUUGACGGUCCCCGCGCGCUCGAGAGACCCCACAGCAGCAAAAUUUGUGUUUGUACUAGUGUAGAUUUCAACGGUAGCGGUUACACGAAACAAGCGACGAACCUGAAAAUCCUUUGUGUGUUGUGAUUUCACCCCCGUCUUGCCAUUAGAAGUUGAUGAAGGAGAAGAGUUUGACGACGACGUCGGAAGAUCAGGAAGAAGAAGAAAAAGUGCAAAGAGUGUGAGUGUGUGUGCGUGUGUGUGUAAUUUAUUGCCUAUUGAAAGGUGCGCGCUGAUCGUUUUGUGUGAUAGUAAAUUAUUUAUUUAACUUACCUGGUAAGAGUUGGUCCCCAAUGUGACUGUGCGUUAGAGUCGACUCGGUACGUGAUAGAAUCUGUUGGUUGAGCGAUGUCGUCGACGAUGCCCGUGGUGUGGUGCACCGAUCCGAACUCGUCCGGGAAGCGGCAACCGUUCGCGUUGCAGGGCAUCCAGCUCCAGGGGAACAUCACCGAGAAGCAUGUGCUGGCGAUGAAGGAACUCAUCAGUGCGGCGUCCGAGGGCCGCUUGCUGCUGCCCAGCGACGGUGCCAUUGUCCUGCUGGACUGUGGCCUCAGCAUCGGGUCCAUGGUGAUCGAGGGCAAAGCUGGCCGGGAGGUGGCGGCGGAGGUUGGCAAUCAUAAAUCAAUUCUGCCGGCCGUGCCCGAGGUCGGUGCCCCAGGCAGUAAUUGCCCGGAUCAUAACAAUGGUAGUGGGGAAGACGGCGAUAGAAGCGCUGAGGGUAGCAAGGUCGCCGACGAGGAUGACGUCAGAGAGGACGCGUUCCUGACCGAGCUCGAACAGGAAGAGGGAAAACCUCCAGAUCUGUGUGGACUGGAGGGUGGCGGUGGAGAGGUCCUGUACGAGUUUCUGUGCUGUGCCAAGUGUAUGAACGAUCCCACGUCCAGUUGUUUCAAUCCGCCCAGUCAUCGUAGUCGUAGUUUAAAUUCGCUCAACAACAAAUCGCAGCUGUUGUCUCGAUUCCUUAAUGGACGGGCCAAGGCGCGCCUCUACUGUGAUCCCCUGUACAACAUCUCCAACCGGUACUUUAAACGGUUGGCCAACCACAAGGGCAGCAAGAGCCGGCAGCCGGACGCCCGCCGGAACGUAAUCCGCAAGGCUUCGAUCCGAAGUGACCGCUCGGCGGGCGGCAAGGUGGUCAAAAAAAGCUCCGAAAACAUCCCGAUCUACGCCACCGUCAACAAGAAGAUGAAACUGCGCACGCGGCUCGAAGCCCUCCGGCGGCAGAACAUCGACGCGGACGCGCUGGCACUGCAAAUUGCCCUGGACGGCCAGCAGAUGAUCAAGCGAUCGUCGGAUAUUAUCAAUCAAUCAUCGACUGCGCCCGCCGCAGCACCACCCUCCCAACAGCAGCCAUACAAUAGUUCCAGUAGGAAAACUAGUUUCGAUUCAACCUGCACCGUGAGUUCAAUGGAUUCGGGCUUUAUCGAUCAGCAGCAGCGCCAGCAGCUCCAACAGCUCCAGCAACUGCAGCAACAGCAGCCAAUAACUGUACAUUCGAGUCCCCGCGCAGAACGAGCUGACCGAGGGGAAAGUCCGAAAAAAUCGGAAGAAUCCCCCGCGAGGACGCCAUACGACGACGGUCUGAACGAACUGUCCAAGCUGCAGAUCAAGGAGUGUCUGGUGACGCAGUCACGAAACCGCCGAAAAUCGUACGAGGAGUUCAAGUCCCUCUUCCGGCAGCAGCAGCAACAGCAAACCGAGUGCCGCAGCCGGCUGUCCGUGGUGAACGAGAAGGAUCCCGGCGCCACAAACGUUAGAAGCAGUAGCGUUAGCAGCAACGUUAGCAUAAAAACGCGACGAAAGUCUUACGAAGAAUUCAAAGCUUUAGUCAAAAUUUGUGAUAGUAGCGUUAGUAACUUAAAGCCCACGUCCGAGGAGGACGAGGCCGAGGCGGAGAAGCAGCAGCACGGCAAAUCUUCGACGACCGUCGUCGGAGGGCUGUUCAAAAUGAAGCGCAAGAACUCGCGCCGUCUCAGCCUGAAGAAGCUGAAGAUGAACGAUAAGGCUGACCAGCACGGGACGGCGGAACCUGCCGCCGCCGCUUCCGUCCCAGCAUCAGUGAUUAGCAAUAGCGUUAGUAAGACCGCCGAAGACGGCGGUCACGUUAAGAGUAGCACAAUCUACGACAUUCUCCGGAAUCGGGGCAAGUCCGCGGAGCGCAAGGACUCGACGGCGUCGGCCGGGCGGGAGUUGACGUCGAAGGAGGAGAUUUACCGCAAAAACUACAAAAUUUACGACAAAUUGCUCUCGUACGGCAGUAAGGCGUACAAAAAGUAUGACAAGUACAUGACGUACGGAACGAUCUACGAAAUCCUGCACCGCAAGUCGGACGCCGCCGAAGACGUCUUUCUGCGCAAACGAGCUCUCUCGGAAAAGUUCGCCAAGCGAAAACACAGCGUCAACUCGCACUACAGCUCGCUCAAGCUGGGCACCAUCUACGACAUACUACAGGGUAAACAGUUCAACGCUCUCGAAUCCGGUACCAGUGAUCAAUCCCUGAACAGUAGCAGUAGCAAAGAGGCAGAACCCAACGCAAGUAGCAACGCAAACACCCUAUCAACGAUCUACGACAUCAUCCACAAGAAGGCCGAUUCGCCCAAGCAGCAAACCCGGAAUCGCUUCCUGGUGAAGAAGAUAACCGAAGAAGAGUUCAUCAAAGGCAACGAAAACAAUCGCAACGAGUCCAACGCUACGGCCACCACCGUACCAGAAGACACCACCCCGAAGCAUACCCCACCAUCCCCAGACUACACGACGCCCAAACCGGUAGAUGCGUCCAAGAAACCAACCCGGGCCCGUCGAUUCUCCAACAUCCUCUCGUACAGCCCACGCCAUACGCACACGGACCACUCCGAAUCCGCCAAGCUAUCAACCGGUAGCGCCACCCGCCUGAAACAAAUCGCCGCUAGUGACGAAGAUCUGUACAAAAGUGCUGCCUCCAAGCAGAAGUCCUCCCACCGAGGUCGCACCACCGUCCACCCUGCCCAGUCCCCUCGCCCCUCCCAAGACGAUGACCUGUACUCCCGCAUCGGGAGGCUCCGCAAGUCCGCCACCGACUCCAGCACGCUCUGCUCCAAGAUCGACGAAGUCGCCGAAGUACCGCGGAACCAGCCGACCAAGGAGCCAAAACCCGACCGCCUACCCCAGCCCGGGCCGAUCUUCAAGUCCAACUCGCUGGACAUGCUCGCGCCGGCCAAGUUCGCCAAAAACCCGCGCUGGCACAAAGCUUCCGGCGCGAGCCCCAUCCGUAAGCUUUCGCCGCUCGUAAUGCCACGGAAGUCGCAGCCGCAGCCCAAGAAGAGCACGCGGCGGCUGUCGGAGUUUACCCGCGGCGAGUUCCUGAACGAAAAAUUGUGGUACUUCCGGAAGAUCAAGAGAAUAGAGGCGGAGAAGAAAUUGCUGCUGCCGGAAAACGAGCACGGUGCAUUCUUGAUUCGCGACUCGGAAAGCCGCCAUAAUGACUACUCGCUGUCGGUCCGCGACGGCGAUACUGUGAAGCACUACAGAAUCCGGCAGCUGGACGAGGGUGGAUUCUUCAUUGCCAGGAGGACCACCUUCCGGACGCUGCAGGAACUGGUCGAGCACUACAGCAAGGACUCGGACGGACUGUGCGUGAACCUGUGCAAACCAUGCGUUCAGAUCGAGAAACCGGUUACGGACGGGCUGUCACACCGCACCCGGGACCAGUGGGAGAUCGAUCGGACGUCACUCAAGUUUGUGCGCAAGCUGGGCUCGGGCCAGUUUGGCGACGUUUGGGAAGGCCUGUGGAACAACACGACGCCGGUUGCCAUCAAAACGCUCAAAUCGGGAACCAUGGACCCGAAGGAUUUCCUCGCCGAGGCGCAGAUCAUGAAGAAGCUCCGGCACAGCAAGCUGAUCCAGCUGUACGCCGUGUGCACCCUCGAGGAGCCGAUCUACAUCAUCACGGAGCUCAUGAAGCACGGCUCGCUGCUCGAGUUCCUGCAGGGUAAAGGCCGCAACCUGAAGCUGCCGCAGCUGAUCGACAUGGCGGCCCAGAUCGCGGCCGGCAUGGCGUACCUCGAGUCCCAAAACUACAUCCAUCGCGAUUUGGCCGCCCGGAACGUGCUCGUCGGCGACAACAACAUCGUCAAGAUUGCCGACUUUGGUCUGGCGAGAUUGAUCAAGGAGGACGAAUAUGAAGCGCGGGUGGGCGCCCGGUUCCCGAUCAAGUGGACGGCCCCGGAAGCGGCCAACUACAGCAAGUUCUCCAUCAAGUCGGACGUGUGGAGCUUCGGCAUCCUGCUGACCGAGCUGGUCACGUACGGUAGAAUACCGUAUCCAGGUAUGACCAACGCCGAGGUGCUGAACCAGGUCGAGCACGGCUACCGGAUGCCCCAGCCGCCCAACUGUAACGCGACGCUGUACGAGAUUAUGCUCGAGUGCUGGAACAAGGACCCGAUGCGGCGGCCAACGUUCGAGACGCUCCAGUGGAAGCUGGAGGACUUCUUCACCCUCGAUCCCAGUGAAUACAAGGAGGCUGCACCGUUUUGAUAAAUGGCGGCCGAUUCUAGUACCACACCUAUCGACGCAGCCGUCGGCGGUGCCACCGCCGCCGCAACAGAAUCUACUACCGCUUCUACUACUGCAAAUGCUACUACUACUACAACCACAACUGUUCCAAAAUCGUCGGGCGCCAAAGCUCGCCGCAAACAACCGCAGCAGCAGUCGCAGCAACAGCGCCAGGUAUUGCUAUUUAUUUAAACGUCUACUCUAGUACUGCAUUUCCCACCCUCCCUGACUACUACUGCUCCCCCCGAACGCGCGUCCCUUCCGGCAAACGAAACUAUUUAGGUUGUGUUCUAAUCUAGUACUGAGUUCUGCUACUACCGCAUUAUGCCAAACUAAACCACGCCCAAACACUGUGAAUGCAUCACAAAACCGACAAACAUAGACACACACUCAAAGUACAUUCAUUCCUGUUUUGAUAGACGGAGAGAAGAGGGGCGUUAACUAUUUAAAUCGAAUCGAAAACAAUCAUAAGUUUACAAGAGCAAGGUUAGCAAGCAAGUCGCGACCAUGUGUUCGAUAUACUGUAAUCGUAGCAGGCGGGCGCGCGCGCGGAUUGCGGCAGCAUUUUUCCGUUUGUUUUCAUCGUGCUUAGGUUCUAGUACUGCACGCAAUCCGUCGCGGUUGGCCCCGCCCCCUCCAAAGCACACUCACACACACAAACAAACACACACUCUAAGCGGUAUUAUUACGAUAAUAUUUUGUAAGUUUUGCUGUAGGUUUGCAUGAUCUUUUUACCGCGUGGAAGAAGAAACAGUUAAUAAAGUAGACGUUCGAUCGGAAAGACAACCUUUUAUUUUUGACAGAUGGCAGUGUAGUACUAGAUCGAACGGUUUACCAGAUCAUGGUUGUUACGAAGAGGGGUAACAUAUUUCUUUGUUGAUGGUUGGCUACCAAAUUGCGCAAUCGUCUACCCUUUUUCAGUAAUGCUACCAAAAUUUGACGCUAAAAAUAUGUGUUGUCAUCUUCAGCAAUUUGCUACUUGCAGUGGUAACGAUCAUUUUUGUCUGUUACCAAAACUUAUUGGGUUCCAGCUAAAUUUCCAGUUCUGAAUUGCUACCAAUCUUUUCAUGUUUUUUUAUAUGCUUCUGUUAGCGUUACCAAAUUAGUAAUCCAUGCUACCAAUUCUUAAAAAUAUUAAACUAAAUUCACCUUCAGCCUUUUAAGAUUUGCCAAGCUUCCAAGUGAGCGAGGUAAGCCUCUUCCAAAUAUUCUCAUGAAAUUAAAUCGACUUGCUACCAAAAGUACGCUACCAAAUUUGCUACCAAUGUGAGAAAUUGUCUCCAUUUGUUGCUGCAACUUUAAAAAAUGGUAAAUGACAAAUUUGUUUCUUUUCGUGACAACCUUUUUUCGGCGGAAACCAACCGCAGACUACUAGAUCCAAAACCAGCAACACACAGAGAUUUCCAUGUCAAACUUUUUUUCCCACAAUUUCCACCUUUUUCAAACUUUGAAUGCGCGCAUUUCUUCGGCAUUUCUUCCACCGCAUUUGCCCUCUGUUAUUCGAUUGAUGAAGGAGAAACACCUUCACGACACUUGUAAAUAGAAACCCUUUUCAACGCUAAGCCAACAGACGUAACUGUAACGAUGAAAGUUUUAUCCAUUAAGGACUCACACAUACACACAGAAUUUGCGGAAUGAUAACACACUCAAAAAAAAAACCUAGAAAACAAUAACGGAAACUGUGCUACCUAUCGGAAGAAGAGAGUAGAAACGAGAACAAUAGAGCAACUACUAUUUUUGAAAAGCGAAAAAAUCAGCCCACUUUGAUCCGAUUUUGUGACUUUUGUGGCGUCUCAGUUGAACGGCAAAUAUCGUUUUUCGUGACAUCCGUGAGUGUACGAUUAAUUACUAAUAUUGAUACGUUAGUGAAUUAGACUGAUUCCAAUCACACACACACACACAUUAAAAAAACAUCUACCCUCUCACGUGCAUUUUUCCGUGUAUCCAAUUUCGAAAACAUCCAGUGUCAUCGCACUUUUUUCGUUCUUCUUUCUUUCGUUUUAAUUUAUUCAUCUCGUUACGCUUUGCACCACAAAAUCAAGUAUGUAAAACUCGUCAUUUUUUAUUUAUUUUUGUUUCGAAAAUUGCGCUUUUACACGGAGAAAAUUGAGUCCUCCCCUCUGAAAAAAAGCAUAAUAACGAGAGAACGAACGCUAUAUUUACAAAGAAGAAAGAAUCGAUUGAAAAUAUAAACGAGCACUAACGCUGUCUGCACACGAUUGGAACAACAAAGAAAUCACAAAUAUUUGUAAAUUACUUCGUAAAUGUUUAACUUAAAAAAAAUGCAAGCAUUCGUAAUUGUAAUUCUCUAAGCUGAAUAUUACACAAAACAAAAUCCCAUUUGAACAUCGUGCCCAACAUGAUCCAUUCACCCUCAUAACAGUUAAAUAAAAAAAAAACCAUACACAAACCGCAAAGAUUGCUCACUGUUUAUCGCAAUAGAUGUGAAUUACACACUAAAAACAUACACUCUACUAUAGAACACAGAUUUUCAACCGUAAACAUUAAACAAACAAAACAAAAAAUCUAUACAAUUUCGAAUAUACAACAACAACACAAAGCGAGUGGGACAGAAAAAUACACAAUGCAAGACGAAAACAAAACAAAACAAACAAAACGAUGAUGUUUACUGCUGUGGAAGUGAAGGGAGAUUGCUACUGGCUAACUGAAGAGACAAAUGUAAGCGAAACAAAAAUGGGAAACACACUGCAUCAAUAGUAAUCUUUCUAUGAUAUUUUUAAAUGUAAAUGUUGAUAAUUACAAGUAAUAAGAAUACUAAAAUAAAAAAUAUAUAAUGAUGAUGAAGAUGGGUGAAGACGAGAAAAAAGAAGAGUUGAUGAAGACGAGAUAUGGAAUCAAGCGAAAAAUAAAAACUGUAUCAGAAAUAAAAAUAUAUUGAAAAUUUUAUAAUUA